GUGAAAGUUGUUUGGUUGAAAACAUUACACAUUCUCAUGUGCAGGCAUGGGUAUUUCCAUGUGGUGAACAAUGACUACACUCACUGGGAGAUGUAUGCGAAUGGCGGAAGUGCAAAUCCCACCAUGAACAGCCAAGGCAACAGAUAUCUUGCCCCGACGAAUCACUUUGCCAAGGAGGCACUUGUGGUGAAGCUAAGGGAAGGCACCGGGCCAAAUGCUAAUACUGGUGUUGUCACUGGAGUUCUUGCAACUGUUGGGAAGCUUGCUAGGGUGGGAGGUUUUGGAAUGAAGCAAUAUCUUAACUAUGCUGGUAAUUGUUGAAGCCCUCUUAGAUGGAGCUACUGUUAUAAAGCGUGGAGUGGUUGUUGCAACUCUUGGUCAAGUUGUACAGAGCACUGGGUAUUGUGUUCUCAUUGCUAGUCCAAGCCAGAAUAAAGAAGGAUGGUUGUGUCAGCGUGUCAGGUUUGGGGGCUCCCUUGUGCCCACAAUUUCCAUGUGGAAUGCAUUGACAAGUGGCUUCGGCUGAAUGUGAAGUGCCCCCAUUACACUACUCCAUCUUCCCUAACCUCGAUCUCAGCGCCCUCUCCAACCUUCAUACUGACUCUGGGCGUCCCUCUGCUAGUGUUUUGACGGCCACACGCUACGUGCACACACAGCCAGCAGGCCAGAGCUACCUGUUGAGGUUGCAGGGCCUGCUACACACAAUCCGAAUGGAGAAUGCUGGUGGAGGUAAUGAUGACGCUGGCUUGGAAGCAGCAGAAGAUGGAUGGACAGUGUUAUCUUAGGGUCCGCCAAGCAUGACGGCACCGGUGAUGAUGGGCGCAACCAUGACUUUGUAUUAUUUGUGGAACCUAAUGUUGUGUAAUAGUUUGAUUGAGUUAAACUUUAAAUAGACUAUUGUUAACUAUUUUGUUGGUAUCGUGGCUUUCAUGAUUGAUUGUUUCA